AUGGGCCGGGGGCGUCUCCUGGGGGGCUGCGCGUGGCUGCUGGGGGGGCUGGCGCUGCUGCAGACCCUCUACCUGCGGGCGCUGCCCCCCCCGCGGACCCCCCCCCACCUCGCCCCCCGCCGCCGCCCCCCCCCGACCCUGCGACCCCCCCGGGGGGUCCUGGACGCGUCGGGGACGUUCCGGGUGUACCGGGACGUGCUGGGACCCCCCCCGCGCUGGGACCCCCCCGAGCUGGUCCUGGCCACCCACGGCACCCCGGGGCGAGCGGCCGCGGCGCUGGGGGGGCCCUGGGGGGGUCCCCUCUCGGUGGCCGUUUUCGGGGUGCCCCGGGGGGGGUUGGAGGAGCUGCUGGCGCUCCUGGGGGGGCCCUGCCGGGGGCUGCGGGGCCGCCUGAGGCUGCACGUGGUGGUCGCGGCGGGGGCGGCGGCGUCGCCCCCCCCUUGGGCGCUGCCCCCCAGGCCCGGCCCCCCCAAGCCGGGGGGGUGUCGGGGGGCCCUGCGGCGCUUGGAGGCCGCGGACCCCCCCAGCUACGCCCUGGGGGUGCCGUACCCCGGGAAUCUCCUGCGGAACGUGGCCUGGGAGGGGGCGGCCGACGGAAAGGGGGGGCCCCUUUCCGGCCGGGAUGGGGGUCCGGGCCCCCCCGGGUCGGGGCGGGGGGGCCGCUUCGUGCUCCUGGUGGACGCCGACGUGGUGCCCAGUCGGGGGCUGCGCGAGGGGUUCCUGGGGCUGCUCAGGGAGGGGGGGCUGCGCCCCGAAACCUGGGGAGCCGGAGGGGGGGGAUUGGGGGCACCCCCAGCUGGGGGGGUUGCGGGACGUCGGGGGGGCCCCAAUGCCUUGGAGGCUCCAGGGGGGGAUCCCAAAGUUUUGGGGGUUCAGGGGGGGUUGGGGGACCCCAAAGCUUUGGGGGUUCAGGGGGGGUUGGAGGGUCAGGGGGGUUUUAGGGACCCCAAAGCUUUGGGGAUUGGGGGGGAUUUGGGAGAUCCCAAAGUUUUGGGGGCUCCUGGUGGCCUCAGGGUCCCCAACACCCUGGAGGCCCCUGAUGUCCCGGGGGACCCCAAAGUUCUGAAGGACUCCAAAGCCUUGGGAGACCCCAAGGGCUUCUCUGCCCCGGGGGUCCCCGAUGCCCUGGGGGACCCCAAAGUCCUGACGAACCCCAGAGCCCCAGAGGUCCCCAACGGGUUGGGGGUCCCCAAUGCCUUGAGUGACCCAGUUGUCCCCAACGCCCUGGAGGUCCCCAGGGGUUUCCAUGACCCGGGGGUCCCCAACGCCCUGGAGGUCCCCGAUGCCCUGAGGGACCCCAACACCCUGGAGGUCCCCAAAGGCUUCCACGACCCAGGUGUCCCCAAUGCCCUGGAGGACCCCAACUCCCCGGAGGUCCCCAAGUCCCUGGAGGACCCCAAGUCCCUGGAGGACCCCAAGUCCCCGGAGGUCCCCAAGUCCCCGGAGGACCCCAAGUCCCUGGAGGUCCCCAAGUCCCUGGAGGACCCCAAGUCCCUGGAGGACCCCGACGCCCGGGUGGUCUUUGUCCUCCCGGCCUUCGAGGUGCGGGCUGGGAUGGGGGUGCCGGGCUCGAAGGUGGAGCUGCUGCGCCUGUGGGACGCGGGGGACGCCCGUCCCUUCUACGGGACGUUGUGCCCCCGCUGCCAGGCCCCCACCGACUUCGGGCGCUGGCGGGCGCUGCCCCCGCCCCCCCGGCUGCGCGUGGCCUACGAGGUGCCCUGGAGGGACCCCUGGGAGCCCUUUUACGUGGCCCCGGCCCGGGGGGUCCCUCCCUUCGACGAGAGGUUCCUCCAGUACGGCUUCAACCGCAUCAGCCAGGCCUGCGAGCUGCACGUGGCCGGGUUCCGUUUCGCGGUGCUGGACGGGGCCUUCGUGGCCCACCGGGGCUUCAAGGAGCCCGGGGGGUUCCACGGGGGCCGCGAGGCCGAGCUGGGCCACAACCGGCAGCUCUUCCGGAGCUUCCGCGCGGAGCUGCCCCGGCGCUACCCCGGCUCGGCCCGGCGCUGCUGAGACCCCCUGGGUCACCCUCACCUGGGCACCCGACCCUCCUGGGGACCCCCAUGGACACCUGACCCACCUGGGGACCCCCUGAUGGACACCUGACCCUCCUGGGGUCACCUGAUGGACACCUGACCCUCCUGGGGUCACCUGAUGGAUACCUGACCCUCCUGGGGACCCCCAUGGACACCUGACCCACCUGGGGUCACCUGAUGGACACCUGACCCUCCUUGGGACCCCCAUGGACACCUGACCCAUUUGGGGUCACCCGAUGGACACCUGACCCUCCUUGGGACCCCCAUGGAUACCUGGGUCAUGGACACCUAGGUCACCCUGAUCUGGACACCCGACCCACCUAGGGUCCCCUUGUUGGACACCUGACCCACCUGGGGACCCCCUGAUGGACACCUGACCCUCCUUGGGACCCCCCAUGGACACCUGACCCACCUGGGGACCCCCUGAUGGACACCUGACCCACCUGGGGACCCCCUGAUGGACACCUGACCCACCUGGGGACCCCCUGAUGGGCACCUGACCCACCUGGGGACCCCCUGAUGGGCACCUGACCCACCUGGGGACCCCCUGAUGGACACCUGACCCACCUGGGGACCCCCUGAUGGACACCUGACCCACCUGGGGACCCCCUGAUGGACACCUGACCCACCCGAGAUCCUCCGAUGGACACUUGGGUGCCUCCAGUCUGAACACCUGAGUCUCCUCUCCACUGCACACCUGGAUCCCCCCGGGCUGAACUCCGGCCCCCCGACUUGGACACCUGGAUCCCUUCCCGAGACCUGGACCUCCCCAACGGGGACACCUGAGUCCUCCCUGGGCACCUGGGGUCUCCCAACUUGGACACCUGGAUCCCCCCAAAAUGGACACCUGAGUCCUCCCUGGGCACCUGGGGUCUCCCAACUUGGACACCUGGAUCCCCCCAAAAUGGACACCUGAGUCCUCCCUGGGCACCUGGGGUCACCCAACUUGGACACCGGGAUCCCCCCAAAAUGGACACCUGGAUCCUCCCUGGACACCUGGAUCCUCCAGACUUGGACACGUGGGUCCCUCCCAGACACCUGGAUCCCUUUCAGGGACCUGGAUCCUCCCAAGCUGCCCCCCCGUGUCCCCCCCAGACCCCUGUGCCCCUGGGUGACCUGCCCUCAAUAAAGAUGGCCACCUACCCAUGA